AGCCGGAGGGAGAGAUGAAGAGAAGAGAGAAGGUGUUUCCCAUGGUGUUGUUCAGUAUGGCAGCACAUUGGUUUGUGUCCUGUUAUAGGGCAGCCAGGAAGAUCAGAGGUUAUGCUUUCUUUCGUGUAGGGAACUCAUGUAGGCCACAACAUAUAUCCAGCCCGGACCCUAGUGUAACCAGGUCGUGCCCUUUGAAGGGAGGGGCUCAAACUUUGCUGUGUGACAUCCAGGGGAGCCUCCUCAGAUCACCCUCCUUCUUUCCUUUCUUCAUGUUAGUAGCUUUUGAAGGAGGCAAUCCCCUGAGGGCUCUCCUCCUGCUUCUUUCUUUUCCCCUCAUAUGGCUCUUGGGCAACCAGAAUGAGCUCAGUUUGAGGAUUAUGGUGCUCAUCACCUUCUGUGGCCUGAGGACAAGGGACAUGGACACUGUGGUCAGGGCAGUGCUGCCCAAGUUCUACCUGGAGAGCCUCAACCUUCAUUCUUAUGAGGUGCUGGCCUCCGCAGCGAAGAGGGUGGUCCUCACCAGCUUGCCCAGGGUCAUGGUGGAAGGGUUUCUAAGGGAGCAUCUUGGGGUGAGUGAUGUUGUGGGGGCUGAGCUGCAGGUGGUUGGAGGCUACUAUACUGGUUUCGCUUCUCGGGGGGCUUCCAUGGCUGUGAAGCAUAAGGCGAUUAAGGAUCUAUUUGGUAAUUCAAAGCCAGAUGUUGGACUUGUGAGUUCAUGCAACCCACAUGACCACCUCUUGGUCUCCCACUGCAAGGAAAUAUACGUGGUAAACGAACAGCAGAGCAGGAGCAGCGGUGCAGGUUCGCUGAUGCCCAGAGGAAAGUACCCAAAGCCAUUGGUAUUCCAUGAUGGCAGACUGGCCUUCCUGCCUACUCCUCUGGCCGCUGUCUCCCUCUUCUUGUGGCUCCCACUGGGACUAACCCUAGCCAUCGUCCGUGCCCUUAUCGGCAUCGUCCUCCCUUACAACGCCGCAAUCAUUGCGGGGGCCCUCACGGGCGUCCACCUGAGAGUCCAAGGCCUAAGCAACAUGGACACCACCACCACCAUUAAAAGCACUCGCAGCGCUCGAGGUAACAAGGGAGUCCUAUACGCGUGCAACCACAGGACCCUUCUGGACCCCAUCAUGGUGGGCACAGCACUCGGCAAGCCGGUCACGGCGGUCACGUACAGCCUGAGCAAAAUGUCGGAGCUGAUUGCGCCGGUGAAGACGGUGCGGCUGACGAGAAACCGGGAGCGAGACGCUGACACCAUGCGGCGGCUGCUCGAUGAAGGAGACCUGAUUGUGUGCCCCGAGGGCACCACCUGCCGGGAGCCGUACCUGCUAAGGUUUAGCUCGCUUUUUGCGGAGCUGGCCGACGACAUCGUGCCGGUGGCGGUGGAUACGAAGGUGAGCAUGUUUCACGGGACCACGGCCACCGGGCUCAAGUGGCUGGACCCGGUGUUCUUCUUGAUGAACCCCUGGGCGGAGUACAGGGUGGAGUUUCUGGGGAGGGUGCCGCCGGAGCUGACAUGCGCCGGGGGUUGCACCGGGUGGGACGUGGCCAACCGGAUCCAGAGGCAGCUGGCCGACGCACUGGGGUUCGGAUGCACGACGCUCACCCGGAAGGACAAGUACCUGAUGCUGGCCGGGAAUGAAGGGGGUGGUUAAAGCAGGGCGACUUUCUAAAGUAGCACAAUUUAGCUCUACGCUCGCCCUAUAAUAUUUGAUAACAUAACUUAAUAAUUUUGCAUGUUGUGCUCAUAUGUUUUAUCGUUUUUGAGUGCUAUUCAUGUAUUUAUCGUUGAAAUUUUUUUUAUGGGUACAAUGUUCGUUUGUCUCGUAAGGUGGACACAGCGUGAAUUGUUUGAUGAGUAUGAUGCGCCUUCAGUCUGCUCCCUGUGUAAGGUUUUCGGGCACUCUGCUUUGCAGAAUUCAUUGUUUGCGAGAAAAGGUUUGGUGUGACAGGUACCAGCUUCAUACUGCUCUUCUAAACUUUUGGGUGGGACUUGGACA